AUGUCUGGAGAUCAAGAUCCACAAAUCGGCGCUUAUAUCCAUAUGAGAUGGAAACUGAUUACUUGUUGGUUUAACCUCCUCACUAUGUUAUAUUUUCCUGUCUGUCUGUACUGUGAUUGGAAGGAGCGGCACGGCCAGUGGAACUCGAGACGUGUCGCCAUGCUUAGACAGCUGAAAGACCGCGUGAUGACAAGUAUUCUGUUUCCGGUUACUUUAUUUGCUGAUUUCAUGUUCUGGCGCAUGUGGCACAAGGAUUUAACAUUGAUAGCACCGCCAAGAAUAUUUGCGUAUCUGCCAUACUGGGCGCAACAUUCCCUUCACACAGUGUCGAUGGUCAUAAUGGUUUUGGAUCUUCUGCUCGUACCUCGGCGAAGACCUCACAGUAUGUGGCCUGGCGUUCUCAUAAUGCUGUCAUUUUUGGCGACAUAUAUGUCCAUGUGCAUGACUAGUCUUCGGAAUGGGUACGUGGUGUAUUCAAUAUUUGAAAUCUUCGACGGAUUUAAAUUAUUGUUAUUAGCACUUAUGGUAAUAACGGAAUGCUUGUUUUUCUAUUCAAUCCAGUGGUGUGUAAUAGACGUAGUCUGGGGUAACAAAGUUAAUAAAAAACUCAAAACGUAA